UCGGCGAAUCAAGAAAUACGGCGCAUGAUCUACGAAAGUAACUACAAACUGCAGGAACCGCGCUAAACACGCUCAGUAUGAAGUUGGCUUGGGCAAGCGCACGAUUGUGUGGUCCCAAGUAGGCUGCGCUUCACUGACAGUUUAUUUUGUGCAAUUGUUUUGGUUGGUCGUCAAGGGUGACAACCGCCCAAAGACUAAUUGAUCGCAAAAAUUGUUUUUCGGUUUAAAAACGAAACGAGGCUACAUCACAGUGUUGGAUAAUCAAAAGUGCUCUUUUCGGAAUAAUUUUUAGAAACACUUAAGAAGUGAGCCGGGAACAUUUGUGAAUUUUGGAAUGAAACAAUACUUAAUUCGAAAGAUAAAUUAAAAACUGAAAUUGGAAAGUGCGUUGUGCGUGAAAUAAUUUAAAUUUAUAAACGCAAGUUUCGGCAAAGUGAAAGUGGACGCGAGUGAAAGUUGGGCCAUUGUUGAAAUUUGGACUGUUACAUUGACUCUAAAAUGGAUUCUCCCCAGAUGUACGAUAAUCAACAGCAUAAUCAAAAUAAUUCAGUGCUGAGCCAGGACGGUAAAAAAACUGUAAUCAUGAACAACAACAACAAUCUCACCACCCUCAACAACAACAACGGUAGCUCCAAGCAAACGCAAGCGUUGUUGAAACAACACCAGAUGCAGCAGUACCAGCAGCACGGGGAACUCAGUGACUUAAACACCCCCGAGAUCUCCCUCGAUCUCCAGAAUUUAAUAGACGAUUCGCAGUUCAGUGACGGUUUGUUUACCGACAUCCUGCAGAGUCAGCAGGGCAAGCACAUACAGAACCUCCAGUCGAGGCAAGUUAUGGGCGUCCACAACAACAGCUACCCUAGAACCACCCUGGCAUACAUGCCCCAACCCGUCCAUAGUGGAGCCACGUACUCUGCAAAUCAAAACUCAAACAGCGACUCGAACAGCUCAGUUGGCAGCGACGUUCCUAGUAUAAAAGAAGAACCCGUGGAUCCGCAGGAGUACAGAAGGCAGUCCUGCAACCUUUUACCCAACAGUUAUAUGCCAGGGUCGUACCCCCAGAACCCCGGUGCUACUUUCACCACCUUAACUCCCAGUCCCGUCAUACAUCACCAGCUCAAUAUGAACGCUAUGAAGAAUAAGGCUGCUCUCCUAAACCAACAUAACAUAGCCAGGAAAAAUAUCAAGCCCUGUGAUAAAAAUAGCGAGGAGUACAGGAGGCGACGAGAGAGGAACAACAUCGCGGUGCGAAAGAGCAGGGAAAAGGCGAAGGUACGAACCAGGGAGACGGAAGAGAAAGUGAAAAUCCUGAUAAAGGAGAACGAGAGGCUGCAGAAGAGGAUAGAGCUAUUGACGGAGGAGCUAAAUGUGUUGAGGAGUCUCUUUUCCAAUGUUGGUGUGCUGCCAGAACACGUCCACAGAGAGAUCAACAAGCACCUGGACACCUUCCAGCUCCAACAGCAGCAGCAGCAACAUAUGUCCGAAGAAAACAGGCAGAGAAUGAUGGAAAUCGUGCACGACUACGGGCCGUAGUCCACAAGAAAAUCUAGCUUUAGUUUAGUUAAUUACGAAUUCGAAAAGAGCUUUAAAUUUGUUAUGAACAAAAACUAAAUUUAAUGACAAUAAUGACUUCGCCUUUAGACGAGACCUAUCGCAUUUUCAGAGAGUUCCUUUUUCACUGGAAUCUUAGAGGUUCUCUAUAGUACGUUUCUAGAUCUCCUUCAUACUGACGUGUUCUGAAACUUAUUUAAUUACAAUUAGGAGUUUAGUCGGCAGUUUGCGGAAACAUCGACGAUUCUUUUAAUUUAAUAAGAGUGAUCUGAUACAUCGAAAUACUGCUUGUCGGACAAUUCUUCGAUUUUUCCGCAAAUUGUUUAAAGAGUUUUGUUGACGGGUAUUAAUGUACAUUAGAAUUAUUCCGUUCGAGCUAUGUGAUCAAUUAAAUUGUAUUUAAAAAACGAAUAUAUUAUAUAUUUUUAAA